GUAUUUUUUUAGAGACUCAAUAAUAUCCCAUAUAGGGAUGCUCUUACUACUCUUCUCUUUGUAACGAUUUCUUUUUCCGGAAAUGCCCCCUGGUUGAUGGUGAACUUUAAUGGCUGGUCUGAUUUAAGGGUUCAUAGAGGCAAAAGCUAUUUAGAACCUGUGUUUCAAUUAUCCGGCUGAAAUCUGUGAUCAGUUUUGCUAUUAACCACAAAACUUUUCUAUUCCUUUUUACAUCUUUAGAGAACAUAAAAAUGGUCAAUUUCAGACUUCUUAUUUUGUAAAGUUUCACCAAACCAUUAUUUUCUGUGCACAUUAUUAAAUUAUGGCAUGGGUAUUUUUAUGCCCUAAUUCCUUGACCAGAUACUUGAGUGCUUGUGGGUGUGGAAAGAAGACUGUGGUUACAAUGUCUAAGGAAUUCUGCAAGGGAUUGCUGCAGAGUGAAGAGCUCUAUAAAUAUAUACUGGAGACCAGCGUGUAUCCACGCCAGCCUGAGGCUCUUAAGGAGCUUAGAAAAAUUACCUGUAACCACCCUGAAGCUGUGAUGGCUACUGCACCAGAUGCUGGUCAGUUAAUGGGGAUGCUUCUAAAUUUGGUAAAUGCAAAAAAAACGAUUGAGGUUGGGGUCUUCACUGGAUACUCUCUUCUCCUCACUGCUCUUACCAUUCCAGAAGAUGGAAAGGUUAUUGCCAUUGACGUGGAUAGAGGCUCAUACGAAGAGGUAGGAUUGCCAAUUAUAAACAAAGCUGGUGUUGAACACAAGAUUGACUUCAGAGAAUCUGAAGCUCUUCCAGUCCUAGACGAACUUUUAAGCCAUAAAGCCAACGAGGGCGGCUUCGAUUUCGCAUUUGUGGACGCAGACAAGGAGAACUAUUGGAACUACCACGAGAGGCUUAUGAGACUGAUCAAGGUUGGUGGGAUUGUAGUGUAUGACAACACUCUCUGGGGAGGAACAGUUGCUAAACCGGAGACCUCCACGUCUGAGUGGAGGAGAGGAGGCAGGAAAGCCAUCCUCGAGCUGAACCAGAAACUCUCUGCUGAUCAGCGAGUGCAGAUCUCGCACGCUGUGCUUGGCGAUGGGAUCACUAUUUGCAGGAGACUAUAUUGAAAUGUUACUACUUUGAUGCGCAAAUCUUGUUGUUGUUGUCGUCGUCGUUGCUGUUAAGUUUUGUCUUAAGACUUACGUGCUCUAAUAAAAAACUUUAUUAAAAUAAAACUGAUUGACUAAGGUGAAUUAGGGGAUAACUACUUAUAGGAAAAAAUAAGAAUUAGGGGAAAACCGAUAUGGAAGAAUCGACAAAUGUUCAUGUAAGAAUCGGCUUAGAGAUGUGACAAUUUGUCUAAAGCUUGACUAAUCUUUCUCGUUGCCCGUGAUUAGGCGUUCAAUACAAGAAUACAACGUGACCCCCUGAGCGACUUUCUCC